AUGCACGCCGAUACUGCAGAGAAGGAGAUGCGCCGACGACUGGAGCGUGUCCAAGGGGGUCCCGGCUUGAGCAGCCCCUACGUGGCGGGGGAGACAUGGGGUCUCUCCCCGCGCGAGUGGGGGGAGGUGCAGUCAGCGCUUCGCGCGGAAACGCCGCUGGCCAGCCAGGAGUCCGGCCAACAGAUAAGCGCGGCGCAGAGAAGCCGGGAACCUGACGGGGGGUGCGGAACUGAGCCCUUCCCUCACGUGCGGGCUGAUAUUCGCGCAGCGUCGGCGCGCGCAGAGGAGCAAACAUGGGCCGGGGUCCGCGGCGAAGGGGGGACCGUUGGUCACCUCAAUGUGGACGUGAGUCGGCGCCCCACUCGCCCGGGCCUGCCUCACCACCUCCACGAACGUGUUCGCAGCAUCGAUCGAGGGCAGGAUCCGGCUGGUUGCCAUUCCCGCCUCGCCCUCCGCCUUUCCGCCAGCCCCGCCGUCCCCCGGAACCAGCCGAAUGUGGACGCGGGGGGGACUGCUCGCGGCGACCCGAAUCCCAGCGACGCCCAGGCGACCCCCUCCCCCGCGUCGCCGGAGAUCGCCGCGGAGAGCGUUGCGCGGGGGAUCGCGCUUGGGGUGAGCGCUGGUCUGCCUGACCACGAGGGGAUGGGCGGCGAGGAGAGCGAGGACGUGCAGGGGAACGCUGAUCCCCCUCCCCGCGCUGAUAGUGCUCGCGAUGCUCAGGAGAAUGGCGGCGAGGAGAGGGCGGCCGAGGAGGCUGACGCGGAGGCGAGCACCCACGCUCAUGCCGCGGCUGACCGUCCGGGCGGUUCAACGCAACACGGGCAGGCGCCCACGAAUACUCCGGCGAG